AAUAUAUUGUUAUUGCAGUUUGCACUUUUGGUAUGUAACAUAAGCUUGUUACAUGUUACAUACUAACAAGGGAAGAAGAAUUAGAAAAGAAGAAGAAUUGCACGUCUUAUUAUCUUCCCUUAACCAAAUUCCACACAACGAAGAUCACUGAAUAUUCUUCCUUAUCAAGGUGGUAUCUUUUUGAAGGAAGAAGCCAAGAACGGCUUGAAUUCUAAAGAAGGAAAAGAUGGAUUACGUUUACGCGCCAGGAAGAAACCAUCUCUUUGUUCCAGGGCCUGUCAACAUCCCUGAGCCGGUCAUCCGGGCGAUGAACCGAAACAACGAGGAUUACCGUUCUCCGGCGAUUCCUGCAUUGACUAAAACCCUGCUUGAGGAUGUCAAGAAGAUUUUCAAGACUACUACUGGAGUCCCAUUUCUCAUCCCUACAACUGGUACCGGUGCAUGGGAGAGUGCACUGACAAACACAUUGUCUCCGGGGGAUCGAAUCGUAUCAUUCUUGAUCGGGCAAUUCAGCUUGCUGUGGAUUGAUCAGCAACAACGCCUCAACUUCGAUGUUGAUGUUGUCGAAAGCGAAUGGGGCCAGGGUGCAAAUCUUGAUGUUCUGGAAUCAAAGCUUGCUUCGGAUACUUCUCACACUAUAAAGGCAAUUUGCAUUGUCCACAAUGAAACUGCAACUGGUGUCACCAAUAACUUGGCCAAAGUUAGACAACUUCUUGAUGACUACCAGCAUCCAGCUCUGUUCCUUGUGGAUGGAGUUUCUUCGAUUUGUGCACUCGAUUUCCGCAUGGACGAAUGGGGAAUUGAUGUGGCCUUGACUGGCUCCCAGAAAGCUCUUUCGCUUCCCACAGGGAUGGGUAUUGUGUGUGCAAGCCCCAAAGCACUUGAGGCUUCAAAGACUGCUAAAUCAGUGAGAGUUUUCUUUGAUUGGAAGGACUACUUGAAAUUCUAUCAGAUGGGAACUUAUUGGCCAUACACUCCUUCCAUUCAAUUGUUGUAUGGCCUCAGAGCAGCUCUUGAUCUCAUCUUUGAGGAAGGACUUGAAAAUGUUAUCAUAAGGCAUAAACGUUUAGGCAAAGCAACCAGGCUUGCAGUAGAGGCAUGGGGUUUGAAGAAUUGCACCCAAAAGGAAGAGUGGGUCAGUGACACUGUGACUGCAGUUGUUGUUCCACCUGACAUUGAUAGCGCUGAAAUAGUGAGAAUUGCAUGGAAGAGAUACAACAUGAAUUUAGGAUUGGGAUUAAACAAAGUUGCUGGCAAGGUUUUCAGAAUAGGACAUCUUGGCAACUUGAAUGAGUUGCAACUGUUGGGUUGUCUUGCUGGUGUGGAGAUGAUACUCAAAGAUGUUGGUUAUCCUGUGAAGCUUGGAAGUGGUGUUGGUGCUGCCAGUGCUUACUUACAGAACAAUAUUCCUCUGAUCCCUUCCAGGAUUUGAUUGAUUACAGAACCAGGCUACCUUAAUUUCUUUUACUACUACUGUUCUUUUAAUGCAAGGUACUUUCUGUAAGAUAUACAUGUUAUUGUGAGGCUGAAGAAGCUGAACAUAUAUUGUGCUACUUUAAAAUGCAUUGCUUCUUUCAUUGUCUUGUAUAUCAGAAACUACUACUAAUACUACUUCAUCUUAUGAUGAUGACCUUGUUUUAUGUACAUUAAAUUCAUUAUCAUUUACUAUGA